UUCCAGCUGUCCCUCAGUCGGUCGGGAUUUCGGAACCACAGGAGAAUCACCGGAAAGGGUUUAGUGGUAAAACAGCACAUUCGGGAGGGAAUACAACAUUAUAUGGUUACAUAAACACGCAACGAGCUACGUUAUCCUGAAUUACACGAUGGAAACUGAACUAUGAGGUGUUGUGUAGUGCAGACGACUGAGUGAACCAUGGCACAGUUCCCCACCACAUUCCCAGGUCCAGAUGUGUUUCUAAUCUCAGUGGAUGAGAGAGCCAAACAUGAUCAGCAGUUUCUCAGCCUCUCUCCGACUGCCGGGGGUUACAUUACAGGCGACCAAGCCAGGAACUUCUUCCUUCAAUCAGGUCUGCCCCCUCCCAUCCUGGCUCAAAUCUGGGCUCUGGCUGAUAUGAACAGUGAUGGUCGUAUGGACAUCCACGAGUUCUCCAUCGCCAUGAAACUCAUCAAGCUGAAACUCCAGGGUCACCCUCUGCCCCCCGCUCUUCCUCCCAGUAUGAAACAACCCGCACUGACUUUACCCCCACAGAGUGGCUUUGGCAUGCCGCCCAUGCCUCCCAUCUCGGCUCCUCUGUCAGGCGUUCCUCCACUCCCCCUGCCACCUCUCCCUGUCGGAGUGUCUCCCCCACUCGUCUCGUCUGCCGCCCCUCCCCUCCCCCCGCCCCUCGCCAACGGAGCUCCUCCCACAGGCAUAAUGCAGCCAAUCUCAGGCUUCUCCCACCCAGCUCCCUCCGUCAACAAGUCUUCUUCGUUUAAUCGUUCCAGUACCAAGUUGCAGAAGGGGCCGUCCGUGGACGUUGCUAGUGUUCAGCCCCCGCCUGAUUGGGCUGUUCCUCAGUCCUCCAGGCUGAAGUACAGACAGCUUUUUAACUCCCAUGACAAGAUGAUGAGUGGACACCUCACAGGUCCCCAGGCUCGCACUAUCCUGAUGCAGUCCAGUCUUCCUCAGGGACAGCUGGCCACGAUAUGGAGUCUAUCAGAUAUCGACCAGGAUGGAAAGCUAACAGCUGAGGAGUUUAUCUUAGCCAUGCACCUCAUAGAUAUGGCUAUGUCAGGGCUACCGCUCCCCCCGGUGUUACCACCAGAUUACCUCCCACCCACAUUCAGGCGUGUGCGAAGUGACAGCGUUCAGUCGGACCAGAAGAGCGUCCAGGAGGAGUUAGAGGAGGAGGCGGAGAGCAGCCAGGACAAGAAAUUACCAGUGACGUUUGAGGAUAAGAAGAGGGAGAACUUUGAGCGAGGAAACCUGGAGUUGGAGAAGAGACGUCAGGCUCUGCAGGAGCAGCAGAGGAAAGAGCAGGAGAGGCUGGCAGCGCUGGAGAGAGAGGAGCAGGAGAGAAAGGAGCGUGAGCGUCUGGAGAAUGAGAGGAGACGACAACACGAACUCGAAAGACAACUGGAGAGACAGCGAGAGCUGGAGAGGCAGAGAGAAGAGGAGAGACGCAAAGAGAUAGAGAGGAGAGAGGCUGCUAAGCGUGAAUUAGAGCGCCAGCGUCAGCUGGAGUGGGAGCGUCAACGUCGCCAGGAGCUUCUGACUCAACGAAACCGAGAGCAGGAGAGUAUCGUGCUGCUCAAGGCCAGGAAGAAGACCCUGGAGUUUGAACUGGAGGCUCUGAAUGAUAAGAAGUCCCAAUUGGAGGGCAAGCUGAAGGAUGUUCGGUUUCGUCUGUCAGCUCAGCGGAGAGAGGUGGAGCAGACCAAUCAGACCAGAGAAACGCGCAUUGCGGAAAUCACCCUGCUACAACAGCAGCUGCAGGACUCCCAGCAGUGGUUGGGGAGGCUAAUUCCUGAUAAACAGAGUCUCAACGACCAGCUGAAACAGGUUCAACAGAACAGUCUGCAUCGUGAUAGUCUAUCGUCCCUGCAAAAGGCUGUGGAGCAGAAGGAGACCAGCAGACAGCAGCUCAGAGAACAGCUGGAUGCUGUGGAGAGAGAGACAAGGGCCAAACUGCUGGAAAUAGACGCUUUCAACACCCAGCUGAAGUCUCUGUGUGAGUUCUAUGCCAACCACUGUGCCAGGAUAGAAGCCCUGCGACGCCUGCUUCACGAGGAACAGAGAGGGAGACAGGAGCUGAGGGAAAUCCACAGCCGGCAGCAAAGGCAGAGACAGAGGGAGCUGGAAGGAGACACACCCACACUGACACACACACACCCUCACUUACACACCCCGAUCGAGAGGAAGUCUGCUGAACUGCAGGACAGCAGGUUGUCAUCAGAGGAAGCCGUGGCCUGGAGGGAUGAAGCAGCCAGCUCCGCCCCCAGCGCUCCUAGCCCUCCCUCCAUCUCUGCACCACAUGCCUGGCUAAACAGAGUGACUCAGGAAGAGGAGGAGAGGAAGAGGAGAGGGGUGGAGGAGAUAGAGGAGGAGGAGGGCCAGAAAGGGGCAGGAUCAGCAGAAGAGAAGGAGGAUGAGGGGAGAGGCAAGAAGGACAUGCAGGAGAAACUGAGCAAGCUGUUCAGCCAGCCGGCCGACCCCUGGGCCUCAACAGUAGAGAAGGCUCCGGUACCCAGUCUGUUUGACCAGAAGGCACCAGUGACUAGCUUUGACCAGCAUCAGCAGCCAGUGAAGGUGGUCUACUACAGGGCUCUAUAUCCAUUUGAUGCUCGCAGCCAUGAUGAGAUUAGUAUCGCUCCCGGAGAUGUAAUCAUGGUGGAUGAAUCCCAAACAGGUGAACCCGGUUGGCUGGGAGGAGAGCUGAGGGGCCGUACCGGCUGGUUCCCAGCUAAUUACGCUGAACGGAUACCCGACAGUGAAGCACCAAUCAGCCUGCGUGCCACAGCCUCAGCCACACCCCCCUCAGCCAAGCAGCCGUUAUCCACGCCUCCCCCCGCACCUGGACAGACCUCCUCCUCCUCCACGUCCUCUGCCAACAGUAACUGGGCUGACUUCAGCACCACGUGGCCCACCAACACAGCCAGUCAAUCAGACAGCGAGGGAUGGGACGCGUGGCCGACCUCUUCAACCAGUCAGAAUCCUUCGCUCAGUGUUCCCUCAGCGCAGCUACGGCAACGCUCCGCCUUCACACCUGCUACCCUGACGACGGGCUCCUCUCCUUCUCCUGUGCUGGGACAGGGGGAGAAGGUCGAGGGUCUGCAGGCUCAGGCCUUGUAUCCCUGGAGAGCGAAGAAGGACAACCACCUCAACUUCAACAAAAACGAGAUAAUAACCGUGUUGGAGCAGCAGGACAUGUGGUGGCUAGGUGAACUGCAGACCGGACAGAGAGGCUGGUUCCCCAAAAGUUACGUCAAGCUAAUCUCCGCCACCAUGACGCCUCCCCCUAGUGCCACAGCACGCAGCAAAAACACUAGUGAGUCUGGAGUAUCAGAAAGCCCACCCAAUGGAAAACGCCCCUCCCCUUCCCCAACAAAACCUUUCGAGUCUGGAGAAGAGUACGUGGCCAUGUACACCUACGAGAGCAGUGAACAGGGGGACCUGAGUUUCCAGCAAGGAGACGUCGUCAUGGUGACCAGGAAAGAAGGGGACUGGUGGACGGGCAUGGUCGGGGGCAAGACUGGAGUCUUCCCUUCAAAUUAUGUCAAGCCACGAGACUCAGAGUCUUUCGGACCAGCAGGGAAGACAGGCAGCCUGGGAAAGAAACCAGAGAUCGCUCAGGUGAUCGCCCCCUACAGUGCUACCGGUGCAGAGCAGCUGACCUUAGCUCCAGGACAGCUCAUCCUCAUCAGAAAAAAGAACCCGGGGGGCUGGUGGGAGGGUGAGCUCCAGGCCCGGGGGAAGAAACGCCAGAUAGGUUGGUUUCCGGCCAACUAUGUGAAGCUGCUCAGUCCCAGCACCAGCAAGACGACACCCACAGAGCCCACCCCUCCGAAACUGGCUCCUGCCAGCACAGGUACUCAUACAGCUGUGUGUCAGGUGAUCGGCAUGUACGACUACGUGGCCCAGAACGACGACGAGCUGGCCUUCCUGAAGGGUCAGGUGAUCACGGUGCUCAACAAAGACGACUGUGAUUGGUGGAAAGGAGAGCUCAACGGGCGGGAGGGUCUGUUUCCCAGCAACUACGUCAAACUCACCACGGAUACCGACCCAAGCACGCAGUGGUGCGCUGACCUCCACCUGCUGGACAUGCUGAGUCCCAUGGAGAGGAAGAGGCAGGGCUACAUCCACGAGCUCAUCGUCACCGAGGAGAACUACGUCAACGAUCUGCAGCUCGUCACAGAGAUCUUCCACAAACCUUUGUUGGAUUGCGAGCUGCUGACGGAGAAGGAAGUGGCCAUGAUCUUCGUCAACUGGAAGGAGCUCAUCAUGUGCAAUAUCAAACUGCUCAAGGCUCUGAGGGUGAGGAAGAAGAUGUCAGGUGAUCGGAUGCCGGUGAAGAUGAUUGGUGACAUCCUGACCAACCAGCUGCCUCACAUGCAGCCAUACAUCAGAUUCUGCUCAUGUCAGCUGAACGGAGCCACGCUGAUUCAGCAGAAAACUGAUGACAGCCCUGAGAUCAAAGACUUCCUGAAGAGGUUAGCCAUGGAUCCCAGGUGUAAGGGGAUGCCUCUGUCCAGCUUCCUGCUCAAACCCAUGCAGAGAGUCACACGCUACCCGCUCAUUAUCAAGAACAUCUUAGAGAAUACUCCAGAGUCACAUCCAGACAACAGCCAUCUGAAAGCUGCUCUGGAGAAAGCAGAGGAGCUGUGCUCACAGGUGAAUGAGGGCGUCAGGGAGAAGGAGAACUCAGAUCGUCUGGAGUGGAUUCAGGCUCACGUCCAGUGUGAAGGCCUGUCUGAACAACUGGUGUUUAACUCCGUCACCAACUGUCUGGGUCCCCGGAAGUUCCUCCACAGCGGGAAGCUCUUUAAAGCCAAGAGCAGCAAGGAGCUCUACGGCUUCCUGUUCAAUGACUUCCUGCUGCUGACACAGGUGACCAAACCUCUGGGCUCGUCAGGCUCGGACAAAGUCUUCUCCUCGAAAACACACCUGCAGUACCGCAUGUACAAGACGCCAAUCUUCCUAAAUGAAGUGUUAGUGAAGCUGCCAACAGACCCGUCAGGAGAUGAACCUCUGUUCCACAUCUCUCACAUAGACCGAGUUUACACACUCAGAGCUGAGAGUAUCAAUGAAAGGACGGCAUGGGUUCAGAAAAUUAAAGCAGCUUCAGAACUCUUCAUUGAGACGGAGAAGAAGAAGAGAGAGAAGGCGUAUUUAGUGCGUUCUCAGAGGGCUACAGGUAUCGGUAGGCUGAUGGUCAACAUCGUGGAGGGAAUUGAGCUGAAACCCUGUCGCUCCCAUGGAAAAAGUAACCCAUACUGUGAGGUAACCAUGGGUUCCCAGUGCCAUAUCACAAAAACAUUACAGGACACAUUGAAUCCAAAGUGGAACUCCAAUUGUCAGUUUUUUAUAAAGGACCUGGAACAGGACGUCCUCUGUGUCACCGUGUUCGAACGAGACCAGUUCUCACCUGACGACUUCCUGGGUAGGACAGAGAUCCGGUUGGCUGAAAUAAAGAAGGACCAGGGCUCUAAAGGACCAAUCACAAAGCGGUUGCUGCUCCACGAGGUUCCCACGGGAGAGAUCGUCGUCAGGCUCGACCUCCAGCUGUUUGAAGAACCAUAAAAAAUAAAAAAGAAGCUGGACAGGAACUAGGACAUAUGAUGUGGACCAGACAGUUGGGCUGGAUUAGACUGGAAGACUGGAUUAUUUUAUUUGUUUGGUCUGGUUCAGUUCCUUAGUGCUUACAGGCUGUUUAUGUUUUAGGAGGGCUGUACAUUUAGCUGAAGAACUGUAAAGGGACAUAAAUAAAAAAAAAUUCAGUAAGGUAGCCAGGCUGGAUUGCCAGGUAACACUUAACGGUAACAGUUUUAACCAGUCAGCACAAUGUUUUGAGAGUACAUAUCACUUUUCUGAGAUUAAUAUUCAACCUAGAACCAGGUUCCGAUGAAAUCACUGAAUCUCUUAAAUUCUAUACUUGUAUACUUUACAAAUAUAGCGGUUUCUUGAACUGCUGCUUUUCUGGUUAGACAUUGUACCAGUUACUCAGAUUCAUACUCUAGUGGGAGGAAAGAUGAAGACUCUGACAAGCAGCUGUUAUAAUGGACUCCACUGUGCUAAGUAUGGAAUACGUUGUACUACCAAGGCUUGUUUCUAUUGUAGUCCAGUCCAGUCUACGUCUGUCCUUCUUCGGUCUGGUCCAGUUCACUAUUUAGUCCAAUCUGGUUUAGUUUAAUCCAGUCCAGUCCAGUCCAGUCCCCUUGGAGAUCAGCCGGGUUUUAACUGUUUUCUCCUCCUCUGCUUCAUCAGACACUCCAGUGACUAUCCCAACCCUCCUUCUUUAGUCCCAUUAAACCCAAACUUGCGUGUGUGUGUGUGUGUGUGUGUGUGUGUGUGUGUCUGUGUGUGUGUGUGAGACUGGACUGCAUGUAUGAGCGCCAAGGCGGACAGGCUACUUAAAGGUACGCUUCACUGUACAUUUUUAUUUAAUUUUUGUACAUCAAGUCUUACAACUCUCUCUCAGAGUCUUAAUUUAAACUCCUCAGGCGUUCAGCUGUGAGGCUCUGCGUGUAAAGGGACAUUGCCAUUUUGAAUUUAGGUCUGUUUUAAACUUGACCUUCACUGAACACUUGCCAAGUUAUCGCGGAAAAAGCGAAAUAUGUACAGGUCUAAUGAGAAAUGCUAACGACGCUAUAAAGCCGAAAAUAUAGAAAGAUUUUAAUCCCAAUAUAUGACAAGUGUCCAGUGUAAAUAAAUAUCGAGAUGUCCCUUUCACAUGUCUCAAUGAUAUGACGCUGAUAAUAAUAUUGCUGAAACAAUGGCACACAGGGAAAAAGUGGGACAGCUAAUUUAAGUUGAGGUACUGUAAAGAAGAAUGUCUUCAUUUUUCUUAUUUUUUGUGAAUUUGGAUGCACACGGUGGUUUUAGGUGAUUGAUGUCACACAUCUAACCUCUGUUGUUAUGUGGCUGCUGUGUGGAGCUGCCACAGUGGCCGUCACUAUGCAGGGGAGGGAAAACCCUGAAAGAAUCAGGGGCCCAGAGCUGGAAAGGGGCCCUCGAAAAACAC